CGUUUAUGACACAGCGAGUCAGAGGUUGGGACUGCUGCUAUGAAACUGAGCAAAAGCAGCGGUUUCAGUUGGCAAGCUGAACACCAAUAAUUACACACUGAUAUAUGCAAACUCAGAGGCAGCCGUCUGCAACUUACUUUCCCUGCAGUUUGCCACUAAAGUCGUCUACAUGGCUGAUAGCACUAGCACUGAAAGCAGCCGAGUUAUUUCACCUUUGAUACCUGUAAGUGUGCGCUUCAUUGCAAGAACCAAGUCUUUUGACACUCUACAGCAUAAUCUUAAGUUUGAGCUUCUGAUCUCGACUUUGCGCUUAGGGCAAAUCAAGUACUCUGCAGCAUGGAUGUUUUGGGUCUCAUUAAGAUGCAUAGGUAUGGUUCCUAGACUCUUGUUCUUUGACUGGUGGCAUAAAAUAGUGGUCGCCUCCGGCUGCUGUGGAAGUUACCGUCGCUGCGGCAUCUGUCGUGGAAUUAUGAAUAUUGUAUGUGGCUGGUGUCGGUACUUCAGACGUCCAGUGGUGCUCAUACUGUACCAUUCUAAAUGUUACGGAAGAAUAAAUCUCACUGACGUAAAUGAUUCGUUGUAUGAUGGUUAUCUGAAGUAUCUUUCUGAACGUUUUGGUUCUUCACGCAUAUUAAUGAUCAUAGAUGAUCUCGAUAGUCCAGAAUUAGCAAAACAAACUGUUGAGGAGAACCAGCCUACUGCUGUGAAAUGCUGUGAAAAGAUAUAUUAUCUCAAAAGGGAAGAGGCGAAAGAUAAAAAGGGAAGUGAAAGUGAACAAGAAAAGAAAACGUACAGUCACACCUGGAACAAAGAACAAAUACAGGACAUGGACCAAUACAUUAAAAGCAAAGACUAUUGACUACUUGUGGCGUAAAUAAUGCAUUUAUUAUCACAUGAAAAUGCUUUGAAUAAUAGAUGCUCUGUUUUGUUGAGAGUUUAUUCAAAUGUCUCUAGUGUACUGUGUAAUACGUUAUGUAAGAAUGUCAGAAUGAACAAGGAUGUUAAUGGCAUCUGAGACAGGUUGAACAAUUUGUGUGAGCACUGCUUUGCUUACUGAGGCAGAUUUGUUAUCCCAUAAUAUGAAGGCAGGUGGAAAAUCAUAUAUUUGUUGAAAUUCCAUUUGAUUUGAGCUUUGUGUCUUGAAAAGUGAAGAACUAAAUAAGCAGGGCAUGCACAGAUUAAGUCUGAUAAGACUACAAAAAAUAACAUAGUUCUGUUUUUCUAAAACUCUGGAACCAAAAGACAAGAUUGUGCUCAUUUUCAUUUCUGUGCCAUAGAGGCUCUUGUGGAGGCCUGCGUGAUGCUAUUGGAAGACUGUGGGGUGUGCUAUAGCUUCAAUUUUGUAGCAACCUAUGAUCCUAGAAUACUAGAGGUUGCUAUGUAUUGCAUACUGCUGGGCCGCACAGCGCUGUAUAACUCUAUACUAUGAUGUGGCAUUCUGGUAUAGGAUUUAGGUAAUGCCUGCAUAGUGUGAGUCCACAAGCAGGAUUUUGAAUAAGAUUGAAUUAAUAUCUAUUCCCUUCCUGGGUAUACAGAAAAAAUAUCCAGGAUCAGCCCAAGGUAUAUAUGACAGACUUGUGGGGAAUAAUGUGUCUACUGGCUUUUAUACCAUCAGUAAUAAUUCCAGGAAAUGCAACAUACUGCUGCCUUAGUUAAUAAUUUGGUAGGCUUAUACUAACCUGAAGUAAAUCCCAUCAUGAUUAGCAGGAAGGAUAACACAUGAACAUAACACUAAUGCCAAAGACUGGGUCACUUCAUCGCAACACAGGAAACAAGUGGUGUUAUGUAUUGGAAAUAGCAGUUUUUGAGUCCCAGUGAGCUGCAUAUGUUAAUGGUAAAAUGGAAAGACAAAUAAGAAAUAUAUUUUAAGACUAUCCUCUGUCACACAGGUUAUUUAAAAAUCAGGUUGUUCAAAACUCUGAAGUCUUAAGUUGGCUUAGGGUGAUGUUAUCAGUGCUGAACUUUUGGGUCAGGUUGAUAACCACUCAACUGAGAACUCCCUGAUCAUUGCAAGCAACAGCAGUAGUUAAGGAUGUACUGUGGACAUCAGUACUUAUCUGUUUAGAUUGCGGAGAUCUGCCCUGUGAGGAGUCCCUAAUACAUGCAUGUAGCAUUAAUAUUCAGGAAGGUAGCACUGCUGUGUAUACUGAAUUACUUCCAUUACAUUAGCAGAUACCCUAUGCAUGUAGCAUUAAUAUUCAGGAAGGUAGCAGUGCUGUGCACACUGAAUUACAUUACAUUAGCAGAUACCAGUUUUGUGAGUUAUCCUUGUUCCUACCAGAAACUUCAAACAUUGUGAAGAUCAUUAGAAUGAGGCAAGUGUUUCACUUCUUGAAAACACACACUGUUAUACUUAACAAGUUUUAAAGUGAGUCUGGUGAUGAAGACAGGGAAGACAGGUACUUCCUCACUUGUCUGUAAAGGUAAGUUACAGCAUUGUGAUUUACAAAAAUGAGUUCAUAUUCAACAAUCACAGGCAUUCACAAAAUAAACUCUUGCAUCUGUAUUGUCUAGUAGAAAAGUGUCAUGCUAUCUAAAAUUAACUUGAAUUUUUAGAUUGAGAUUUUUUUUGCAUUUGCAGCUGUCAUUGACUUUCCUUACCUGCACACAAGUACAGCAAAUUUGUAUUUUGCAGUAUUUGAACAUAGUUGUAUUAUUUCUUUAUCACAAAAAUAUUCUGUUUGCAACUGCCAUUAUCAUAUUGUAACAGGUUAUUAUAACAAAGCUGACAUAAUUUUAGCUUUGUGGCACAUUUGUACGUAUUUAGGUAUUUCUAGGCAAAACAACUGUGUCACGAACAUAGACUGUUAUUAUUAUUAUUAUUUUUGCUUUUUAACUUUAAAAGGUAAUUAAAAGUACUUUAUCUCCUACAAAUCAAUGUCAGAUUGACUUUUCUGCUGUGGUGCUGAUAACACUGUAGCAAUGCAUUUUUUCCUCAAAUUACAGAUGGUUAUGUUACAAUGUCUUACACAUUCCUGUGUCAUCAAAACCACUGUAUUAGUAUGUGGGUUGACUUGAUAAUAAGAGAAUUCUACAAUAAACCUGUGACAGAAAAACA